GCGAAGUUGGAGUUUGGAAACAACGAGAAGGACUCAAAUAUCGAAGACCUGUCCGUCCCACUCCACCACAUGUCCGCCAAGACGUUAAACUUCUGGCUUAGUAAAUUCAUUUGCGGAGUUGCGAAGCAAAGUGGGUUCCAAGGAUGACAAGAACCAAAGACAACAAGCAAUGGAAAUAUCGCCCCCUUUCUUUUGCUAUUUUCAUGGCUAUUGUCAUCGUUGCGGGUGUGGUUUUUCAGCGAGGGGGUUUGUGCCAUGCUCUACUUAAAGGCUAUCAUGUGUUGAACUCAAUUUACACAGGCUCGAGGAUCGACAACGAAGAUGCAAGAUUUCAAAUAAAACGUUAUAUUGGAGGGGUUAAUAACUCGCUCAAAGGUCAACCCUUUGGUUUGGAUCGUGAUACAGAACAUUUCAUUAAAGGUGUGUGGCGGAAUCUGACAUUUAAGAGAACGCCAAUUGUAGUUAACUCCUCCAUGGAAUUAUUCGACUUUGCUGUAGCCGUUACGGUAGCAUCUAGCAACCAUUUCGAGGAAUUCGAGCACAAUAUAAGAAACUUUUCGCACCGUUUCCCUCGAGUAAAAGUAUUUUUCUAUGAUAUUGGCUUGGAAGAGUUACAAGUCAUUGCGGUCAAAAAACUCCCAUUUGUCAUGUAUAGAAAAUUCAACUUCGCUGCUUAUCCUAAUCAUGUUCAAAAUCUCUUGAACUACGCUUGGAAGCUCCUAAUAAUCCAAGAGUUGAUCUCGGAGUACGACGGAGUGAUGUGGUUCGACUCCUCGAUCGUUUUCACGCGAGACGUGAGUCAUUUCAUCCCUCUGAUGUUCACGGCCAAGUCCGGAAUCUUGUUCUACCUUCAGAUCUACAGCCGUAUGCACUCAAUCCGAGCUGCAACCCACCCCCAGAUGAUCAAGUACUUCCCGGCCAGUGAAGACGGCCUGCUUUCUGACAUGCUUCCAGGCGGCUGCAUCUUGGUACUGAACACCGCUGAUGUGCAGCAGCACAUUUUACCAUGGACCACCUUGUGUGCCCUCCACAAGAACUGUAUUCAGCCAACGGGGGCCAAUAAGGACUGUCCUCGAAGAAUCUGGGGUCUUCCUAGAAAUCAGUACGCUAACUGUCAUAGGUUUGAUCAAGCGCUGUUUAGUCUUGUAGUGGGGAAUCUGUACGGGUUUGAGCUGAGUAGGUACCGGUUAAACCGCACAGAGGCACCCGCCCAUGUGGCCCAUCUCUUGAAGUAGGAACUCUGUACGGGUUUGAGCUGAGUAGAAACCGGUUAAACCGGACAUAGAUACCGGUAAAACCGGACAUAGAUACCGGUAUAACCGGACAUAGGUACCGGGGAAUAGUGGCCGAUGGGGGCCUCGGUCAAAUAUUCUGUGGAAAACUGCAGAUGGUACACGGUUUUCCAGAAUUACUGGCAUCCCCGUUGAAAGUGGACUACCUCUUAAUUAAGCAAUUCUACAUUUUCCGGAAAUUUUCCAGUGGGAGGGAUCUGUACUAUUUACAAAAUAACCAUAAGUACCGGAAUUUCCAAUUAAAUGGUAAACAACUUUGGUGUUCUUUUUAUAUUUAAACCAAGCAAGAAUCCCUUGAAGGUCUCACUCUAUAUUUUUUAUUCAUCAGAAGGGAGGGGGGCUUGAUACAUAGAGGGGGCUUAUUUGAACAGUGUGGUUCUUAAGAGAGACGGAGCUUAUAAAGCUUUUUCGGCUCAUGUAAUUAAUUAAUCCGGUUUCUUAAACAACUCAGUGUUAUUUAUUUUUUUCUAUUGUCAUAACACCUGCAGGGUUUUUCAGACUAGGACUAUUACCCAUGAUGCCACGCGUUUUUCGAUACAUGAACUAUAACUGUCGAAAGUUCUUUGAAAUAGAUGUGUUACGUGUUUCUUGCUUGUUAGGAUAGGUCAUUCUCAUUUGCCACAUCGCUCAUUGUUAGCAUAGAUUAGCCGGCAAACCUGAAAAUAGCAAAACAGCGUUUUUAUACGUUUUCAAAAUGCUUGGAGCAUUGCCAUGUGAGAUCCCUUGAAUAUAAACCAUCACUCAAAUACCGACCGGCUAAGCUAUCGUAAGCUAUUCGUGAUAAUAAGAUAACAGGAAGGAUAACCUUUUUUUAAGUGACUCAACACUUAGCUGGACAGCUAAUUUACAGGAAUAGUCACUAUAAUAAACUACAAAAUAUUACAAAAUUCGAAUUAACUAGCUAUAUAAAAAAAUAUAAAAAUAUAAAAGAAUUUUUUCUAUACAAUAUCAUUUCAAUUGAUUACUAUUUACUGUAGGUAUAAAGAUUAUUUAUAUCAAAAACAAUAGACAGACACGUCUACGUUACUUAUUUGUUUCUUAAAAAGUUUGUAACUACGUAUAGUCCUAAAAUUAUUAGGUAAUUUAUCCCAUUUUCUGGCAGCUUCAUACCUAAAAGGUUUGAGUCCAUAACUAGUAGCUAGAAUGAAUUUUAUUGUAUCUAAAGUACCAAGUUUGUAUGUAUCGUCAAUUCAAAUAGGGUACUGGUACAAAAGGAUACUUUUACUCAAGUUAAAUUUAAUGCUGCGGUUUUCCUUUCAAUUGUUAACUUUGCCUGUCAGCCAAUAGGGGCUCUUCCAAGUUUUAUCAAUUCGAGGCUGAAAAAAAAACAGCCCUUGGCACAGUCUAGCAGCAGUCAUCUCGCUCCGCGCACAAGGGCGCCUGAUUUUGUCCGCGCUAAUCGCUCAGACUCAACAAAAAUGGACUAUGCAGGAACUUUUGGUGUUUACUGUUAACGCUUGGAGGUGCUGUUGUUGGUAAGAGAACCGUCAAACAGUAGAGA